CCUCUAAGCACUGUUUGUUUAAUGACUGGAAAGAAAGCACUUCAUGUCACUCCAAAGAGUCAAUAUCUGAAGUUACGGAUUAACUAAGUUCCAGCAGAGCUCAUGGCGGAAGAAUAGAUCACGCUGAUUCAUACUGAAUAAAGCAGUGGCUCCUGCUGCAGUAUGUGGAAGCUCGUCACUGUAGGGGUGCUGCUGGCCACCUGCUCUUCACCAGUCUGUACCUCAAUAUUUUACAGCAAUGAAGAUGCAAACCAAGUCCUGAAAAUCCAGAAGCGGGCAAACUCUUUCCUGGAGGAACUCAAACCGGGCUCUGUGGAGCGUGAGUGCAUGGAAGAGCGGUGUGAAUUUGAGGAGGCCAGUGAGAUAUUUGAAACCAAGGAAGCAACACGAAAUUUUUGGACCAAGUAUGUAGAUGGAGAUCAGUGUGACCCGCAGCCUUGUGCCAAUGGGAUCUGCAAGGACAAUAUUGGAGAAUUUUCCUGCAUCUGUAACAAAGGCUGGGAGGGGUUUCUGUGCAAUUAUGAGGUCAAAUACACCAACUGUUCUGUCGAUAAUGGAGGAUGUGAACAUUUCUGCAGGGAUGACCCUGCCAACCGGUGCCGCUCGUGCAGAUGUGCCUCUGGCUAUCAGCUGAAGGAUGACCAUACCAACUGCAAGCCUGUAGUGGAGUUCCCCUGUGGAAGAGUGAAAAUGGACUACGUUGAACCCAAAGUAGGAUUCAAUAUUCGGCUCAUUGAGGGAAAAGCAGGAAGAAGGGGAGGCAGCCCUUGGCAGAUUAUGCUGCAAAAUAGCAAAGGGAGAUUUCUGUGUGGGGGUGUUCUCAUCCAUCCAUCUUGGGUCCUAACAGCGGCACACUGCACUGAGGCAGAAGAGGGGCUCAAAGUAAGACUUGGUAAAUACCACCGUCUCCGUACCGAGGAAGAUGAGCAAACCAUUUGGGUUGAUAAAUGCGUGACCCACGAAAAUUACACCAAGGAGACCUCCGAUAACGACAUAGCCAUGCUGCACCUGGCCGAGCCCGUGCUGUAUAACAAAUACGCGCUCCCUAUCUGCCUUCCCACCCGCGAGCUGGCGGAACAGGAGCUGAUGAGAAGCGGGAACCAGAUGGUGGUAACUGGCUGGGGCAGCACGAGCGAUGUUAAAAACAAUUAUUCGACUUUCCUCAGUUACAUUCAGAUCCCCAUGGUUGCCCGGAAUGAGUGUGCCCGGGCGAUGAGUUUCGCCAUCUCGGACAACAUGCUGUGCGCUGGGAGCUUGGAGGACAAACAGGAUUCCUGCAGCGGGGACAGCGGAGGCCCUAUGAUCACUAAAUAUAAGGACACUUGGUUUUUGGUAGGACUUGUGAGCUGGGGCGAAGGCUGUGGGAGAAAGGAGAAAUUUGGGGUCUACACCAAAGUUAGUCAGUACCUUGAGUGGAUCCAGCAGCACAUAGAUAAGAUGUCAGCAUCUUGGAAGGGUUGAUCGUGAUCCCGAGAGUCUGGAAUAUUAUGGCUAAGUGCUAGUGGCAGUACGCGGUGUAAUGUACUGUCAGAUCUUCAGUAUUAAAUAUUGAGUAUGUGUUAAA